ACAGAACUGGAUUGUGUAUACGUCACGCAGUUGAAUUUUAGAACAACGAGUAUGACUGCUGUAGCAGUGUCUGUUUCGUCGGAUUGUCGAACUACAUAUGAAAACUGCGGCACUGCAGAUCGAAUGGAUAUAGAAACGGAAUUGUCAAGACACUCUUCUGCGGACAGAACAGAUUUGGAGUCUGGAACUCGGGCAGCCUGCUCGUCGAAUGGUAGCGGCGGGGAGGAUGAAGAGUCUGAGGCCGAUAGGGAGGGAGGAGCCGGGGGCUCGAGUACGCAGCGCGCUUUGGAGGGAACAGGGCUGGCUGGCGGGAGGGAGCAGGAGGUCUCGGUGGAAAUAGGCGAGACGUAUCUCUGUCAGCGAGCCGACAAAACAUGGCAUUCUGCGGAAGUUAUCCAGUCCAGACUGAAUGAACAGGAGGGACGAGAGGAGUUCUACGUCCACUAUGUGGGCUUUAACCGACGGCUGGACGAAUGGGUGGGCAAAGCACGCUUGGCUCUUACUAAGACAGUGAAGGAUGCUGUGAGGAAGAGCGUGGAGAGAGGCGGGGGAGGAGAGUUGGGGGAGCAGCCUGAAAGGAAGAUCACCCGAAACCAGAAGCGUAAACACGAUGAGAUCAACCAUGUCCAGAAGACAUAUGCAGAGAUGGACCCAACCACAGCUGCUCUUGAAAAGGAGCAUGAGGCGAUUACCAAAGUUAAAUAUGUGGAUAAAAUCCAGAUCGGUAAUUUUGAGAUUGACGCCUGGUACUUCUCCCCGUUUCCUGAGGACUACGGCAAACAGCCUAAAUUGUGGAUUUGCGAGUACUGCCUAAAAUACAUGAAGUAUGAGAAGACUUUCAGAUACCAUCUGUCUCAGUGUCAAUGGAGACAGCCUCCAGGAAAGGAGAUCUACAGAAAGUGUAACAUCUCAGUGUAUGAAGUGGAUGGCCGAGACCACAAGAUCUACUGUCAGAACCUGUGUUUACUUGCGAAACUCUUUCUGGAUCACAAAACCUUGUACUUCGAUGUGGAACCUUUUGUCUUCUAUAUCCUGACUGAAGUUGAUCGACAAGGGGCACACAUCGUGGGAUAUUUCUCAAAAGAGAAGGAAUCUCCGGACGGCAACAAUGUAGCAUGUAUCCUCACCCUCCCCCCAUACCAGCGGAGAGGAUAUGGCAAAUUCCUCAUUGCUUUCAGUUAUGAGUUGUCGAAACUGGAGAGCACAGUCGGGUCUCCAGAGAAGCCUCUCUCAGACCUUGGGAAGCUUAGCUACCGGAGUUACUGGUCAUGGGUACUGCUGGAGAUUCUGAGGGACUUUCGGGGUACACUCUCCAUCAAAGACCUCAGUCAGAUGACCAGUAUCACCCAGAGUGACAUCAUCAGCACACUACAGUCCCUGAAUAUGGUGAAGUACUGGAAGGGACAGCAUGUCAUCUGUGUGACACCCAAACUGGUGGAGGAACACCUCAAAAGUGCCCAGUACAAGAAACCACCAAUCACAGUGGACACAGUUUGUCUGAAGUGGGCACCACCCAAACAUAAACAGCCCAAGUUCUCCAAGAAAUGAAAGGACAGGAAGGGAGUAGUGAGAGACGCUGAUGAACAGAAGCUAUGCUGGCUCUCCAUUUCUUGCACUUUCUGUUGUGCUUAAAUUUGUGUUGUAAAAAUGUAUGUACAUUUCUAUUGGUCGUUUGUUGUGUUUCUUUUGUAAAUAAAGAUGAAUAGGAAUGUUCAA